AUGGCACCUACUGUACCUCAAGAUUAUGAAUCUUUAGACGAUUCUAUCGAGAUUAUCGACACUGAAAUUGUAGCUAGCAAUGAUAGUGCUGAAAUUGAUGACAAUGGAGCUAAAUCUACUAACGGUGCUAAGGUUAGUACUAAGGUGGUUGACGACGGUACCAAGGACAAGUCAGGAAAAACUACUGGAAGGUGUACUAAGCGAACUGAAGGUGAAAAAGAUCAAAAGAAGAUUGAGUCCAAGCAAGAUGUUGUUUGUAAACUUUCAAAAUUUGUCAGGAUCUUAAAAUAUGGAGAAAUAGCUUUUUUAAUUUUUACGUAAGUUUUUACUAGACUAGGGAAUUGCAUUAAAUAUCCCUCGGCUUUUCGAACGAGACAUAUAUAGGAUGAAAGAGCAUAAAAAGUUAACGGGAAAACUGUUUUCAAAAACUGCUAAAUAGAUUCGACUAGCGAGAUAUUAGCGAUUAAAGGAUUUACAUAAGGUUUCCUAUUUGAACCUUCUCAUUCGUCUUCAGCAAAACAAGUGGUUUGAAGCUUCAAUCCGGUGUGGUCGAGUGGUUAGGAAAUUAGUUUGGGGUGCAAAAGAGGGAAAGUUCAGCCAUUAUGACAAGUAUUUUUGGCUAGCCAAACAAUACUUCGAUUAAAAAAAUAUUUUUUAUGUCUUAUUUUUUGUUUUUAGUCACUUUAGAAAAAAUAGUUAUUAAAGAAUAUCAUUUUUUAAACUUCCCGGUAACCUUUUAUGCUCUUUCAUCCUAUAUAGGUCUCGUUGAAAAAGCCGAGGGAUAUUUGGUGCAACUUCCUAGUCAGAUCCUUCGGUCUUUUCGUUGGCUGAAGCCAAAAGCGCGGACGUCUUCGCUUUUAUGAAUUUUAGAUCGGCCAAUCGGAUAACGACUUGGCCUUUCACUAAGUUUAGAAAACUUAUAUUAACAUAAAGCUGUUUAGGUUGGGGCUUUGUCUGCAUACAUUGUUUCUUCUCAAUGAAAUCAAGUUGCUUGAUCAAUCAUUGGCUGAUUUCCAAAAACCAAGUAAUCUUCGAGACAAUGUCGAUAUUAACAUUGAUGACCUUGUGGGCGAACAUAUUGAAAAUGAUUUGCUUUCUGAAUCCAAGUUGCUUAAUAAACAUAGAAAUGACAUCCUUGACUUCUUGACUUACAUCAGUGCACGAUACAAUGAGGAAUUCAGAAAUGAUGUUAUGGUAGAAAACGGAAAAUGCGUUGCCAUGUGUAAACGUAAGUUUUAUUGUAGCGAAAGCUUGCUCUUGGUCUUGCUUUAGCUCUUCCUCUUGAUCUUUUCUUGCUCUUUCUUCUGGUCUUGUUCUUGCUUUUGCUCUUCAUCUUUCUAUUGCUUUUGCUCUUGCACUAGUUCUAGCUCUUGCUCUUUCUCUUGCUUGUGCUCUUGCUGUUGAUCUUGCUUUUACUCUUGAUCUAGCUCUCGCUCGUGCUCGUGCUCUUUUUCUUCUCCUUGCUUUUGCUCUUGACCUUGCUCUAGUUCUUGAUCUUGCUCAGUCCCUGCUUCUUUCUCUUGCUUGUGCUUUUGCUCUUGAUCUUGCUCUUUCUCUUCCCCUGGCUCUCGCUCAUGCUCUUGACCUUGCUCUUUCCCUUGUUCUUGCUUUUACUCUUACUCUUGUUUUUGCUCUUACUCUAGCUCUUACAUUUACUCGCGUUCUAGCUCUAAGUCUAGCUCUUGUUCUUGCCCUAGCCAUAGUACUGGACCUAGCCCUAUUUCCUAACUACUUACGCUUUGCUAGGUUUACCACAACAUUAUUCAGGCCUAAACUAUAAUAACUUUAGUUUUUAAAACUUUUUUUCAUUUUAGGUUUUCACCAAAUGUAUACACUAAUCCUUGGAGCUGAAUUGGAAAAAGGAAACGAUGAGAAAGUCAAAGAUUUAAAAGUUUUGAAGCCUCAUCUUCAAAAAGUUCUUUCUAAACUGUUAGUAGCAUUUGCCAAGUAUCCCAUAGCUAUGGAAAGCUUCAACAAACUUAACGAAACCUUGGAACACGACGUUUUUUAUAAGUACAAUAUUUUUUGA